AUGGUACAAUCAUACAAGACCCCAUUGUCCAAGUCCAGCCCCGCAGAGCAGAUUAAGGCCUCUGUAUCCCAUUAUAACGGACUGCGCGAAGCAGGUUCACCGGGGCUGAGCCAAGCGUGCCCCCACCUCUCUCCGCGAAGAAAGCCUCCUCCGACUCUACUAUCUGUAUCACAGCCUGACAUCAGACCGCGCGCCGUAUCUGCCCAUAGUAUUGGAGCAAGCUUCGUCACCAGCAAUAGCAAGGCAAACACGGGCAGGAGAAAAGGUAGCGAUCAGUGGCAGACUUUGGUUGGUAUCCCGCAAAUAUGUCCCGUUGGUCAUUCCUGCACAGAUCCCCCGCUUCGUCCCCCCUCGCCAGCAAGUUCUGCUUCCUCAUAUCAGACGGCGUUAACGACCAUACAAGAUUCGACUCCCUAUCUGGAUGCUCGCGAGUUGCCCCUCACAGAGGACAUCCCAACUCUCGAGCCUUCCAUCGCCCAGUUCACGUGGAACGAGAGUGUGCCAAAUCGUCCCUCCAAACCCUCAUCCCGCUCGCGUUCCCGCUCGCCUCAUUCAAGAGCUCCCCCCUCGACUGGGAUAGAGUCCACGCCCAAGGAGCCCCGUUUACAAUCAAAGCCGUCGCAGAUGUUGCUCGAUUAUCGGGCUACCCCCACACCUCCAAGCAAUGGUGCCCCGCCAUUUCCCUGCGCCGAAGAGACGCAGACAACACUCCUUGCUUGGCAGAACGAAAGAGAGAUGGAAGACCGUGUUUCGUUCGCGCGCACGCAUCAUCCAACAGCUGUUGAGGACCUGUACAUCUUCGGCUCCCCAAAAAACAAAACUGCCAUCGAAGAAUCAUUCCGGGUCUUCCCGAAACUCGAGAGUGUAUUCUGCCACGCCACGCUAGUCGACGAGUCCGUUAUCAGGACUUUUCAGAGGCGCCAUUGGGAGUUGAUCUCGCUGGAGGGGUGUACCACCCAUUUCGACGCGCAGUUGAUUAACGGGCGCAUCACUGCGAAGGCCUUGGCGUUCACUCAUAAAUGGGCAGAAACUGACAACCCAAAGCCUUGGUUGGGCGCGGUAAAUUGGGAAGAUGUUCGGACUCUUCGCCUGGAACCCUUGCACGUCUGUCGUGUUUUCCUGUCGAACCUAUCGUUUGGGAAGCGGUUGACAUUCGUGCGGCAGCUCAGCAUCUCCUUUCCUCCAGGGAUGUAUAUCGAAUGGUGCGGGUUGAUGUCCUGCCUCACACGCGUCCAAGACCUCCGUAUACUGCCCAACGCGGCCAACGAUCUCCCUAUCAUCCCUUCUUCUUUCCUACCUGCGCUUCAAUCGUUUCACGGGCCCAUCAGCGCUGUUAAGCACUACGCUGCCGCAAAGCACUUGAAGCGCCUCAAUCUAUAUGGCAACGAAGCUGACGGCGGUUGCGACGUUGCAGAGAUCCGAGAAGCAAUACAAUUAUCUGCGGAGGAAUGGCGUAACUUGGAGCACCUCGAACUACGCGUUCACCGUCCGACGGAAGAACUCUAUCAGGACAUACGUUCGACAUUCAAGCACCUCAACACGCUCGUCAUCACGGUCACUGAUGGCCCGCAUCCUCAGAUCCUUGACGGCAAUCAGGUUCUUCCUUCCAUCGAAUCGUUGAGGGUUGGAGCGAGUGUUUGCCACGUAGAACUGCACCAUCAGGUAUGGCUCCAGGCGGAAAGGGAACAGUUCCAUAAAGCAUGUAUCAGCGCCAUCGACCGUAUGCAAGACCUUGGGCAAUUGGCCACGGCUGUUUUCACCUCGAGGAGUCUGUUCUCCCUUCUGGAUCAAACACCCGAAGUGGCCGCUGUACUUGAACCCCAAAAUCUGAGAUGGGAGGCAACUGAGUGA